AUGUCUGGUCUCUCGAUCAAGCUCAAGACGCCGCACACGGGCGAUUACGAGCAGCCCACCGGCCUCUUCAUCAACAAUGAGUGGGUCAAGGGCGUGGACGGAAAGACGUUCGAGGUUAUCAACCCCAGCGACGAGUCCGUCAUCUGCUCGGUCCACGAGGCUACCGAGAAGGAUGUCGACCUUGCCGUCUCCGCCGCGCGGAAAGCCUUCAAUGGCGCUUGGAGGAAGGAGACUCCCGAGAACCGCGGCAGGCUUCUUGUGAAGCUCGCCGACCUCUUCGAGAAGAACAUCGACAUUCUCGCCGCUGUAGAGUCGUUAGACAAUGGCAAGGCCAUUAACAUGGCAAAGGGCGAUGUCGGCGCCUGCGCUGGCUGCCUCAGGUAUUACGGCGGUUGGGCCGACAAGAUCGAGGGCAAGGUCAUCGACACAGCCCACGAUACCUUCAACUACACCAAGAAGGAGCCCAUCGGUGUCUGCGGUCAGAUCAUCCCAUGGAACUUCCCGCUGCUCAUGUGGGCAUGGAAGAUUGGCCCCGCCAUCGCCGCCGGUAACACUGUUGUCCUCAAGACCGCCGAGCAGACUCCUCUCUCCGCUCUCGUUGCCUGCAACCUCAUCAAGGAGGCCGGCUUCCCGCCCGGUGUCAUCAACGUGUUGUCCGGUUUUGGCAAGGUUGCUGGUGCCGCCAUCUCCUCGCACAUGGACAUCGACAAGGUUGCCUUCACCGGCUCCACUGUCGUCGGCCGACAGAUCAUGAAGGCUGCUGCUGGCUCCAACCUGAAGAAGGUCACCCUUGAGCUUGGCGGCAAGAGCCCCAACAUUGUCUUCGACGACGCUGACAUUGACAACGCCAUCUCCUGGGUCAACUUCGGCAUCUACUUCAACCACGGCCAGUGCUGCUGCGCCGGCUCGCGUGUCUACGUCCAGGAAGGCAUCUACGACAAGUUCAUCGAGAAGUUUAAGGCGCGCGCAGCCAAGAACGCUGUUGGCGACCCCUUCCACAACGAGACCUUCCAGGGUCCCCAGGUGUCGCAGCUUCAGUUCGACAGGAUCAUGAGCUAUAUCGAGGAGGGCAAGAAGGCCGGCGCCAAGAUCGAGACUGGCGGCAAGCGCAUCGGCGACAAGGGCUUCUUCAUCGAGCCCACCAUCUUCUCCAACGUCACCGAGGACAUGAAGAUCGUGCAGGAGGAGAUCUUUGGUCCCGUGUGCUCCAUCUCCAAGUUCAAGACCAAGGAGGAGGCUAUUGCGAUUGGUAACAACACCACCUAUGGUCUCGCCGCCGCCGUGCACACCAGCAACCUCAACACCGCGAUCGAGGUCUCGAAUGCUCUGCGCGCUGGAACGGUCUGGGUCAACACAUACAACACUCUUCACUGGCAGCUUCCCUUCGGUGGUUACAAGGAGUCUGGUAUCGGCCGCGAGUUGGGCGAGGCUGCUCUGGACAACUACACUCAGGUCAAGACUGUGUCCAUCCGCCUCGGUGACGCUCUCUUCGGUUAA